UCCUACGAAACUUACUGAUUUUUCCAAGUAGUUGAGAUUUCAAUCUGGUGAAAACAAGACGUUUUUUUCGUCCGUUUAUAUCAAUCAAGAUCGCAUAUUACGUAUUUUCAAAACAUUCCAUUGUUUAGUUCUCUCGAGAUCGAGUCCGACUAAUUCUAAAUGAGUACGAGUACGAGUACAAGUAGUGUGAGAUUUCUCAAAUGUGUCACCGUUGGAGAUGGGGCCGUGGGGAAGACGUGCUUGCUUGUUUCUUAUACAAGCAACAAGUUUCCGUCGGAUUAUGUUCCUACGAUAUUUGACAACUUCAGUGCUAAUGUGGUGGUUAAUGGCAGUAGUGUAAACCUUUCAUUGUGGGAUACUGCUGGCCAAGAGGAAUACAACAGAUUAAGACCACUUAGUUACAGAGGAGCAGAUGUUUUUCUCCUGGCAUUUUCUCUUAUCAACAAAGCAAGCUACAUUAACAUCUAUGGAAAGUGGAUCUUGGAGCUCAGGCACUACGCCCCAUCAGUACCUAUAGUCCUUGUGGGAACUAAACUUGACUUAAGAGAAGAUAUGGAGUAUUUGAGUAAUCAUCCAGAUGCAACACCAGUUACAAUGUCUGAGGGAGAAGAACUCAAAAACAUGAUCGGUGCAGCUGCUUACGUAGAGUGUAGCUCAAAAACUCAACAGAAUGUGAAGGCUGCCUUUGACACAGCAAUUAGGGUUGCUUUGAAGCCACCAAAAAGGUUGAAGAAAAGACAACAUAAACGAAGGCAAUGCGUAUUUCUAUAAGUAUUACUAUUGGUUAAAGGUACUAGUUUAUUUUCUUUCCCAGGUGUUGUAUAAAAAAUUUUACCACCAUCAAAAUUUGUAUUAAACUUUUUUUAACGAUUAAUUUCUUUUAAUUUGUUGUCUGUAAGACUUAAACCAAAGAACUCUUCCUUCCAAACCUUAGGCAACUGGGUAUGAUGAUGGUCCAUCCUUGGAGGAUGAUCUGCCACGUAGGCGUCACGUCAUAGUCCUCCCAAGGAUGGUCCAUCCCACUAAACUAGAGGGUAUGUGAGGAUGGUGCUAGAUGAUCCUACCCCACAAAACUAUGUACAAGUAUUAAAGCAUAAUGUACAAAUCCCGCAAACAUACAAACAAACAAACAAAAGAAAGGGGGCCCACUUUUUGCUCCGUCCUGAACGUCGGAAUACCGACGGAGACGACGCGACGGAUGAAGACGGAGGAGGGGGGGGGCAUGGAGAGGGGGCGGCGACGGCUUGAGGACGACGCUGGACGGUCCCAAUA